AUGCUCCCCAGGCUCUUCGGCGCGCGCGUCUGGGCGCCGGUGGGCGUCCUGACCUCCCUGGCCUAUUGCUUUCACCAGCGCAAGGUAGCCCUGGCCGAGCUGCGCGCGGACCGACGGCCGCCCGUCCCGAGCUCGGAGCAGCUGCGGCUGGAGAUGGUGCAGGUCGUGUUCCGCCACGGGGCGCGGACGCCGCUCAAGCAGCUCCCGCAGGAGGGCCAGGUAGAGUGGAAUCCCACCCUCCUGGAGAUCCCUGACAAAACUCUGUUUGAUUACAAAGUCACUAAUCUGGAUGGUGGACCAAGACCCUUCUCUGUCUAUGACAGGCAAUACCAGCAGACCAUCCUGAAGGGUGGCGUGUUUGCAGGACAGCUGACCAACGUGGGAAUGCAGCAAAUGUUUGCUCUGGGAGAGCAGCUGAGAAGGAAAUACGUAGAAGACGUCCCCUUCCUCUCCCCGACCUUCAAGCCUUUGGAGGUCACUGUUCGCUCUACUAAUAUAUUUCGGAAUCUGGAGUCUUCUCGGUGUUUGCUCGCAGGACUUUUCCAAGGCCAGAAAGAAGGACCGGUCACCAUCCUCACUGAUGAAGCGAACUCUGAAAUCCUGUAUCCCAACUACCAAAACUGCCACUCCCUGAGACAGAUGGUCAGGAUCAGGAGAUUGAUGGCCUCUCUGCAGCCUGGGAUCUCGGAUGAUUUGAAGCUGGUACAGGAAGAGAUGGGCCUGGAUCAGCACCAAGAAGUGGACUUCUUCAUUCUGCUAGACAACGCACUGGCGGAGAAGGUUCACGGGCUCCCCAGUUCCCCCACGCUAAAGAAGUUCACCCAGAUGAUUGAGCGGAGAGCUGUUGACAUGGCCCUCUUUAUCCUGGGGAGCACAGACAGGGAAGGACUUCAGAUGUCAGUCGGUCCCAUGCUCUACGUCUUACAGAACAACCUGCUAGAAGCAGCGAACCCUUCUACUCCACCUGGAAACAUCAGAAAGCUUUACCUCUACGCCACCCAUGACGUGACCCUCAUGCCCCUCCUAAUAACACUGGGGAUUUUUGACCAUAAGUGGCCCCCCUAUGCUGCAAACCUGAUCCUGGAACUCUACCAGCACCAGGAGUCCAAGGAUUGGUUCGUGCGACUUACUUACAAUGGUGAGGCACAAGUGGUGAAAGGGUGCUCAGCAGAGCUCUGUCCCCUGGAAGAGUUUUUGAACAUACUGUCAACUUACACUGUGAGCCCGCAAGAAUACAGCACCCUGUGCUCCCAGCCGGCAGAUGUAGGCGUUGGGCAGGACCAGUGAUCCCCCGGGAGGCCCAUUUUUAAAUAAACACCUGUUGGCAUAAA